AUGGCUUCUCACAAAACUAUUUUCAUCGAUGCUGCUCUGGAGAGUCAGGCUCUGAAAUUUGGAACGUUUACCCUAAAGUCGGGAAGAGAGUCUCCAUACUUCUUCAACAUGGGUCUGUUCAACAACGGCAAGCUGCUGUCUAUUUUGGCAUCUGCCUACGCCAGUGCUAUUAUCGAAUCUGGAAUCGAGUUUGACGUCUUAUUCGGACCCGCUUAUAAGGGUAUCCCUUUGGCCGCGGUUACAGUUGCUAAGCUGGCAGAAGUUGGUGGUGAGAAGUAUGCCAAGAUUGGUUACUCCUUCAACAGAAAGGAGAAGAAAGACCACGGUGAAGGUGGGUCCAUCGUGGGACACACGCUGAAAGAUCAGAAGGUUCUGAUUAUUGAUGACGUUAUGACUGCUGGUACUGCGAUCAACGAGGCUUUCGAGAUUAUUGCCCAUGAAAAUGGAACUGUUGUUGGCUGUGUCAUCACUCUCGACAGACAGGAGAAAACUGUGGACUCCGAAAUGAGCGCCACCACUGCUGUUUCCAAAAAGUACAACAUUCCUGUUUUCUCUAUCGCUGGUUUGAGCGAUAUUGUGGAGCAUUUGGACGAUAAAUUGACCCAGGAGCAAAAGGAGUCGAUUGCGAACUACUUGAAGAAGUACUCACCAAGUCAAUAG